AUGGCCUAUCCCCAUCCUGAGGACAAGCCCAAGCUCAACUGGACGCCACCAACGCCCGAUCCGCGUCAACAGCAGCGUUGGAUGUUGGACGGUGGCUACAACAAGGAUCAAACUGGCCAUGAUGUGCAUGUGCAAGGACAAGCGCCAGUCUGGACUAGCGACAACGGACGUCAUGAGGUCGAUGUGGCUGCUCAGUAUGGACAGCAUCUUGGUGGUCCUUAUGGCAACAGUCCGCCUUCCUAUGGUGGCGCUGGCAUUUACCGAUUCAGAUUCUAA